UUGAGACAAAAUCAUAUUUCUCGGACUUUCCACUCGAUACCAAUCCAACGGUUCAGUCUAAUCUGUCUCCCCGCAUAUAGUUGGAAGAAAAAGAACGAUUCUCCCAAAUCAUCUCCCAUCUCUCCGGCCAUCCGGCGGUGAUCGCAGGCAAAUUCUAUACCGGCUAUCCGCAGCCUUCAAGGUCGCCUCUGCGUCAAAAGUUCCAAUCCUUCCUUCUCAUGAAAUUUGAGGAGUAACUUUCCUUCCAUGCUGUUGCUUUCUUCAUCGUUUAUGGCUAUGAAAACCGCCUUUUUUUUUUCUUUUUCUUUUUUUUUUUUUUCUUUUUUAGAGAUUGAUCAAGAAUUGGAUUUGGAUCAGUUGCAAACUUUAGGAAAAAAAUUUUACAUUUUGGAUAAUGGGUUCAAGUAACAUGCCCAGAGCUCAAUGCUUUCAGUAGUUUUUUUUUCUUCUUCCCGAUAGAUUUUUGAGAGUUUGAUGGUAUUACUGGCGGUUCUUCAAAUGGGUUUUGUCUUAUUUUGGUGGGUUGAUUCAUGUAAUUUAAUACUGAAAUUAUACUCUUAACAUUUCCCAAGAGGGAAGGAAUCUUAGACCCUCUCUGUUCUCCGAUUCUAAUAUUGUUUUUCAAAUUAUGUUUGGAUGCAUCUACAGACCGGUUGUGCUCAACUGUGGCCACCUGAUAUUGAUGUUCAAAUUGGGGAAAUUUUAACCAUUCAAGAAAAGUGCAGUGAUCAGCAGUUUUGUGCUUAUUUUGAAGUGGAAAAGUAUAUAUAGAAGUAGAAAAGGUUUCUUUAUUGCCAAUGGAUCGUAUUGAUGAACGGUUUAGGGAGCAGGUAGCAGCAAUUCAACGAGUUAUGCUGUUAACAAGAUGCUUUAAAGUGGACAAUGUUCCAUGCCAAAUCGAUGAAGGUCUCUUCCUGGGUUCUGUUGGAGCUGCUUCGAAUAAGAGUGAAUUGAAAAGCUUGAAUAUCACUCACAUUUUAACUGUGGCUAAUACGUUGGAUCCCGCACAUCCAAAUGAUUUCACAUAUAAAGUCAUUGAAGUCACGGACAAAGCAGACACAAAUAUAGCACAGCACUUUGAUGAAUGUUUCAAUUUCAUUGAUGAAGCGAAAAGACUGGGUGGUGGUGUCUUGGUUCACUGCUUUUUGGGAAGAUCCAGAAGUGUGACCAUUGUGAUUGCUUAUAUGAUGAAAAAGCAUGGUAUGAGCCUAUCUCAAGCUCUAGAACAUGUGAAGAGUAGGCGGCAACACGCAGCUCCUAAUUAUGGUUUCAUGUUACAAUUACAGAACUUUGAAAAAUCUCUUCGAGAACAAAGAUGAGCAGACUGAGUGAUGAACAGCAAGAUGAAUGUUACUCGUUUGCGUCCAGAAUUUGAUUAAAAACUCGGGCAGAAAACCCAGGGAAGCUGCUUGUGCAUAUUCAAAGCAGCUUCAAGUUGAUAAUCUUGGAUAAAAUUUGAUCUCUAAUGUAAUGUUCAGAAGUAAAUUAGUUUAUGAUUUAAGAGAUUGCUAUGAAAUACUUUAUUAUAAAUGAAUGUGUUAUAAUUGUAAA